AGCAGUUCCCCUGCGCUCUCUCUCCCUCCUGCAGGCUGCGCUUAUACACACACACACUCCUAAACCAAUAGGAUUCUGGACACACAUUCACAUACUCCAUACCUACAGAUACACACACACAUGCAAACACACACUAGUUUAGACGUGCUUGCACUCGCUGGAGUUUAUAUCAGAGGCAGUUGGAGACACUUUCACUUUACACUUAUUUCUCCUUUCCAAAUCUCAAGCAGAAAAAAAUGAGGACAACUGUGCUUUGCGUCUGUGCCAGCCUCCUGCUCACGGCAACCCUGGUGCCGCGCAUCAGCCAGGCAGCGGACCUCCCCGUCAACUCACACCAGAGAUGGGACGCGAAAGGACCUUUCACUUUGGGAUCUGAAUCCGGCACCCCCACCUCCUGCCCCAUGAAGCUGAGACCCUCCGGCCAGUGUGGGAGCUCCGGAGCCGGGGCAGAGGAGGGCGAGGACUGCCCAUACCAGCUCACCUUGCCCCCUCUCACCAUCCAGCUGCCCAAGCAGUUCAGGCUGCUGGAGAAGACAAUGAAGGAGCUGCAGAGCUUGAAGGAGGUGGUGAACAAGCUGAAGAGCGGGUGCCAGGAGUGCCGCGGAGCACGGGGCAGCGGGGCAGCGGGACAGCAGGCUGACCAAGGGAAGAAGGAUGCUGGGGGAGAAGUGAGACUGGACCUGACGGGACAGGAGGUGUUAGGUGGGUCGAGUCAAGAGGAGAGGGGAGAUGGGAUGGUGCCUGGAGCUACUGUGGAUGGUGCUGGACUGGGACAAGGUUCUGCUUUUUGGAAAAUUACACCAAGCCCGAGCUCAAUGCAGGAGAUGCAGGUGAAGCUGAACAGGAUGUCGGCCAGCCUGCGCAACGCCCGGAGCCAGAUCUCGGCCCUGCAGGGUCGUAUGGAGGGAAUCAACCUGCUCAACAUGGACAACGUGAAGGCGAUGGUGGACGGACAGGUGCAGAACAUCACUGGGGUGAUCGACAAGCUCAGCUCCACCUGCACCACCGGGUGUCCUUCGCAUAAUAGCCCUUCAUUCAUCUUAGCCCCUCGGGACUGUUCAGACUACAACAUUCUGGAGACGAGGAAGAACGCUGUGUAUCGCGUGACCCCUGAUCCCCGCAACGGGACGUUUGACGUGUACUGCGACAUGGAGUCCUACGGAGGUGGAUGGACUGUGAUCCAGCAACGGCUCAAUGGGUCUGUGAGCUUCAACCGCACCUGGGCCGAGUACAAGAAGGGCUUCGGCAACCUCAGAGGUGAGUUCUGGUUGGGCAAUGACUACAUGCACUUGCUGACGAAAGCCAAAGAUAUGAUUUUGCGUAUUGAGCUGGAAGACUUUGAGGGUGUGCGGGAAUACGCAAAGUUCGACCAGUUCUACGUGGCCAAUGAGUUCCUCCGCUACCGGCUGUCAAUCAGUGGCUACAGUGGGACUGCUGGAAACGCCAUCAGCUUAAACAAGCACUUCAACCACGACCAGAAGUUCUUCUCCACGCCCGACCGUGACAACGACAUGUACCCCUCCGGGAACUGCGGCGCCUACUACAGCUCUGGCUGGUGGUUCGACGCCUGCAUGUCCGCCAACCUCAACGGGAAGUACUACCACAAGCGGUACAAAGGGGUGAGGAACGGGAUCUUCUGGGGGACGUGGCACAACAUGUCGACGGAGUACUACCCCACCAACUACAGGCAGGCCUUCAAAACCGUCAAGAUGAUGAUACGGCCAAAGAACUACGCUCCUUAAGAGGACCAGGUAACAAGUGUUUUCACGCAGACGGACAGACACCAAGAAAAUGGACGAACAAGUAGACUCAUACACAUGCGCAUAGUCCUGCAUUGGCACACAUUUACACACGCACACUUGUACACUGAAAAAAAGACUAUAAGCGCUAUAACCCUAUAGAAGUUUGAAUGCAGUUAUAAGAAAACUAAUUGUGGAAAAAAAUGUUUAAUGUGCCAUUACUUAUUUUCCACUAGAGUAUGUGUGUGGCCUUGAACAAAAGUCUGGAUUAAAAUCAUAAUAAUAAAAGGAAAAUGGACUAUUAACGAUAAUGGAAUAAUAAAAAAACCACACAGUGUAAAGGGCAGCCUCCUACAGGGGCUGUAAUAUUACACGGAGGGUUAACGUGAGAGAUUUUUCACCUUUUUUCUCUGACAUUUCCAGGUUCUGUUGUGCCGCCUCCCCCAGCUAUAAAAACCCCGGCCCGGACACAGGGCAGCACACAGUCAUAGUAAAAACUAAUGAGCUAUCAUUUUUUCUCCACUCCAAAUGGUUUCAUAAUUAACAGCAGCCACUCGAGUGAGGUAUACGAGGGCUGAUGAUACAGUUUUGAGUGGCUCGGAAAUUAUUCAUGCUGGGGUCAGAGCCAAACUGUUAAAAAUAAAAGAAAAACACCAGCAGUGAAGAAGUUAAUAGCUUCUGUGCCGUUUAUUUAAUUACACUGGGACACUUCUCUAAUGUAUCGCCAUUCAAUUCACUAUAAAGCAUCCCAGUAUAAAAAUGUAGCCUCAGAUCAAUUUCUAGUGGGUCAUUCCCAAGUACGUUCUGCAUGAUGGAUGUUUAAAUAAACUGUGCUCGACAACAGCCACGGAGCAGGACACUGCCGGGAUGUUUAACUGUUUUUCCACCCAUUGCUCUGGGUGCAUUGAACUACUGCACAUCUCUUGAUGCCAUUCACCAGUUUUCAUCUAUUAAAAAAAGAAAAGACAAAAAAAAAAUUCCUCCCUAAAUCACCACUUGUACAAUACUGCUGCCUAGUGUUAGAAAAGUGUAAAGCAUCAUUUAAUCAAUUUUAUAUACACUGUGAAUAGGGGGGAAGGAUGUUGGGGGGAAAGAAGAGAUGUUUAAGGAUAUGUACAGUAUUUAUUUUAUUUUGUGAGGUUAUGAUAGCUUUUAUAAUAUAGGUCAUAAAGUCUAAUGAAUGUUGACAUUGGAGCAGUGAUGAAGACUGUGCAUUGUUUUGACCAUUCAUCAUCGUAAAUAACGUGUGUAUUUGGAGCUUUGUUUUUGUACAAAUUUGAUCUUUUCUAUCAUUCAUAUUCAACCGUCAUGCCAAAAAAAAAUAUGCACUUUUUAUAUCCAAAACAUGAAUAAAGUCACACCUUCCAGGUUGUGUACAUUUGCAGUUUUAAAUAACAAUGACGCCUAUUGCCUACUUUCAAAGCAUCUCCUGUAUUGAAAUCACCUUUCAAUAAACGUAUACAAACGUGAAUACAAGUUUAGCAUGAGGAGAAACUUUGGAGUGUCUGGCUUCUUGUAUCCAGGACGAAUAAAAGCUGCCUGUGACUAUGGAGGGACGAGGUGCUGCAUGCACAUCACAAAUGGGUCAACGAGGUCAAAAGAAUGAGUUCAUACUAGCUUCACAUAAGAUACAAAUGUGGGCUGGUUCAGUUAAUGUCUGUACACUGUAUGUGAUGAUCAAUUUAAUAAAAAAGUGCUCAAUUCCCGCAA